AUGCUGCAGGAGCUUUGUACACUUAAACAUGGCAGCCGCUGUUGGAAGACUUCUGCGUUCUAAUGCGACUAGAGCAGCAGUUGGUGCUCUGAGGGGGGCAGUUUCUCUGAAUGGAGCUUUAACUGGGAUCAGAGCAUCCAAAGCUUUGCCAUGUUCUGCUGCACAGCGAGCUUGCUUCUCCAUUAGCACUGCUAAAUGGGCACCAGCUGUUACCCAACAUGCUCCACAUUUUAAGGGUACAGCCGUUCACAAUGGAGAGUUUAAAGACAUCAGUCUAGAUGACUUCAAGGGCAAAUAUCUGGUGUUGUUCUUCUACCCACUUGAUUUUACCUUCGUCUGCCCCACAGAGAUCAUCGCAUUCAGUGAUAAGGCUAAAGAAUUCCACGAUGUCAAUUGUGAGGUUGUUGGGGUGUCUGUGGACUCCCAUUUUACCCACUUAGCCUGGACUAACACUUCCAGAAAGAAUGGAGGAUUGGGUAAAAUCCACAUCCCGCUGCUGUCUGAUCUUAACAAGCAGAUCUCUAGAGACUAUGGAGUGCUCCUGGAGGGUCCAGGAAUAGCCUUAAGGGGGCUGUUCAUCAUCGAUCCCAACGGUGUAAUCAAACAUCUAAGCAUCAACGACCUUCCAGUCGGCCGUUCCCCUGAGGAGACGCUGCGUCUCGUCAAGGCCUUCCAGUUCGUAGAGACCCACGGAGAAGUUUGCCCAGCCAGCUGGACCCCAAAAUCACCCACUAUAAAACCAACUCCGGAUGGCUCUAAGGAAUACUUUGAGAAGGUCAACUGAAUGGAACUCCAUUCUGUUAUUCUUCUUAUAAAACAUCAAAGGAAAAGCACUUAUAAUUUAGCUUGAAUGUUUGGUGUAGGUAUAAAAAACUAGCUGUUUACAAUUAUUGGUGUAUUUCUCUGAAUGACUAUUUAGUCUAAAUAAAAGUUCCAAAAAGUU